GCCCCGGGAGACCUGAGCUGGAGGAAGAGGCCGCACACGGACUUUGUGCUCCCCACGGACCCACACACCUGCCACCGCUGCCCUAAAGCCCCUGCGGCUCGCCUGGGCCUUGAACCCGUCCCGUCACAAUGCCCUGGCAAAGUUUGGGUCGGUCGGAAGAGGCUUGGGGGAACAGCCCUGGACUCGAAUCCAUAGCAGUCAUUUUUCAGAUGGAGGAACUAAGUGUCAGAGAGAUCUGUUUCUUAACCAGCUGUGACAUCUUGAAUACGUCGCUUCACCUCAAACUCUUUCUUUAUGUUUUUGCCAGAGAUGGAGUUGAGGAACUGAUACAUUGAGCACUAAGAAAGAGAAAUGAGGAAAUAGAAAUACCUUAUUUACCCUGUACUCUUUGGGACUGUAUUUUCAAGGAGUUGGGUUCUCUUAUUCUAAUGUUACUGAAAAUUUGGGAGUUUUCUGUUUUGGGUCCAGCUUUUCAGGGAUAAAGUGUCUAUCCUUCUUGUUUUCCUAAUUCAUACUCUUUGUUCGAUGUAAGGAAUAAAUGAGAGAAUAUGUCAGAAGGGCUAUAAACUGUUAAUUUCUCUGUGAAUUAGGGUUGCUUCUAUCUCCAUAACUGUUGCUACCAUUUUCAGACACUAUGUGCUGGAACUGUGUUGAGUGUUUUACAUAUGUUAUCUCACAUUGGCAACAAUCUUAGCAUUUAGGAUCAUCAUUUUAUUUUGCCUGUGAGCAAUGAAGACUCUGAGGGGUAAAAUGACUUGCCCACGAUCACAGAGCAAGUGAGUGGUAGAAUGGGAUUCAAUGGUAGGAUAAGCUGAUGGCAAAGCCCAUGCUUUUAAUCACUAAGCUGUAUUGUUUCUUCUCUUACUCCUGUGUUAGAAUUGUUGCUAAUGCCUGGGUUGUGCAUUUUGCUGCUGUGGGAAUAUAAAUCUGUUUAAAAUGAGUUAGAUGGCACUAAAGUUAUUCCUAGAGAGAUGAGAGGUCCUGGGAUCAAUAUUUUUAAGAUUUGGGCCAGGCUUUCCCACAAAUAUGAUAUUCUUUUUAUUCCUGUGGGAAGGAACUGGAGCUGGUCUUGCACAUUUUAUCAAUAGGUUAGUGCACCAGGAAAUCAAAAUGGGGCACAGAGGGGCCUGCUGAUUGUUAUGGUCAAAAUUUCUCUAAAGGAAGCUCUACAGAGAAGAAUGUCAGAUGCAGAAGAACCCCCCCUAGAAGAAGCAGAAGAAAAUGGAGAAUCAGAAAUGGAAGAAGACAAUACCCCAAAUUUUGAAGAAGCAGAAAAUAUACAACGGAAAUCAAAAGAAUAUGACACAUUAGCAUGGAUUGAUUCUCAGGAUGAGGAGGAGGGAGAGGAGAUGAAGAGAAAGGAGAAAGAGGGAGAGGAGGAAGGGGAAGAGGAGGAAGAGGAAGAGGAGGAAGAGGAGGAGGAAAAGGCUGGAGAAGCCCAGGAAGAAGAAGAGUCUUCAGGAGUACAGGAAGAAACCACAGUGGAAUCCCAAGAAAUUACCAAGUCCGAGAUCAGUAUGGAGAAACUUAUUACCGGUUCCCAGUCAGCCAUGUCAGGAACUUUCCCAGAAACCCGUAGAGGUAGUGAGUCAAAGCAUUCAUUACAAUCAGAGGGUUCCAAAACAAAAGAGCUUUCAAGAGUCCAGAGCUCACAACUUAGAAUUCUUGAUUUGGAUGAAAUCAGUUCUGAGAAACAAGAGGUUAGUUCCCUUGAAAGGCAGCCCUCAGGCGAGCUGGAGGAGGAAACGGUCAGCAUGCCCCAGGAUGAACUGGGACGAGGAGGAAGACACUUGGAACCAGAGAAGGGAAAAGAGGGCGGAGAUGAAAAAGAGAAAGACGUCCCGUCCAAAGCAGGGAUCUCCAAGGAGUCACUGGUGUCCACUACCUCAGAAGACAUUUUGUUUCAAAAGGAGGAGGGCACGGAAUAUCCCUUGACCAUGACCUGGUCGUUUGGAUGGAACAGCUCUCUUCCUGUUUACUACAUUCGAGAGAAAAACCAGAGAGUUCUUCUGUAUGUUUGUGCUCACAGUGCGGUCAUCUACAACGUUUCCAGGAAUAAUCAGUACCACCUUCAGGGCCAUGCUAAUGUUAUCUCCUGCCUCUGCAUCAGUGAAGACAGGCGGUGGAUUGCCACAGCAGACAAAGGGCCAGACUGCCUGAUAAUUAUAUGGGACUCCUUUACAGGUAUUCCCGUGCACACAAUAUUUGACAGCUGCCCAGAAGGGAACGGCAUCAGGGCAAUAGCCAUGACCCUCGACGCCAAGUAUCUGGCAACCAUCUCAGAUGCUGAAAUCCAGGUAGUGUGCGUCUGGAAGUGGACUUUAGCAGUGGACACGCCGGCAUGUACUCUCAAACUCCCCGGAGAAUAUGGUUUUCAGAAGUACCUUAUUUUUAAUCCAGCAAAUAAUAAAGAAUUGGUGAGCAAUAGUAAAACACAGGCAAUAUAUUAUUUGUGGAAUGAAGAGAGAGGGACACUUACUCACAGUGCCCCACUUUUAACAGAAAAAACCUUCAACAAGCUCGUGGGAAGAUUUACCCAGUCCAUCUUUCACUUGAAUUUGACACAAAUACUGUCAGCCACGAAGGAAGGGAAGCUGGUCGUCUGGGACAUACACCGCUCACCAUCAUCUUCAUCGGCCUCUUUGGGCACUCCCUACAUCAAGCCUUGUAAAUUGGUUCAUUUGCAGAAAGAAAGUAUCACUGUGCUUACUACAGUUGAUAGCUAUAUUGUCACAGGUGACAUUAAGGGCCACAUUAAGUUCUAUGAUCAUACCCUGGCUAUUGUUAACUGGUACAGUCACUUCAAACUGAGCCCCAUAAAGACUCUAUCCUUUUCAACAACCCUGCCAGCUCCUCCAACAGAAAAAUCAAACUAUCCUCCAAACUGCACUUUAAAAGGUGACCUCUUUAUUGUAAGGAAUCUUAUCAUUGGAACAUCUGAUGCCACCGUGUACCACUUAACAACAGAUGGGACCAAACUUGAGAAGUUAUUUGUAGAGCCCAAAGAUGCUGUUUGUGCCAUCUCCUGCCACCCGUAUCAACCUCUCAUUGCCGUUGGGAGCUUCUGUGGGAUGAUCAAAGUGUGGGAUUAUGAGAAGAAAAAGUACAUUUUCAGCAGGGUCUUUGAGAAAGGGCUUGGAAUACAGAGUCUGACCUACAACCCUGAAGGAGCCCUUCUUGGAGCUGGCUUCACAGAGGGGACAGUGUACAUUCUUGAUGCAAUGUCUUUAGAAAAUGAAAGCGCUGAGCCUUUCAGAUACUCCAGAGCCAGCGUGACUCACAUAUGUUUUUCCCAUGACUCUCAGUAUAUGGCAACUGCUGAUGUAAGUUUUACUGUGGCCGUUUACGUGGUGGUAGUCAAAAGUGGAAAAAGGGUCUGGGAAUACUUAGCAAGACUUCGCUCUCAUCGCAAAAGCAUCCGGAGUCUCCUGUUUGGGGUUUACCUGGACAACAAUGAGCCUAGACUGCUGAGCCUCGGGAGUGACAGGCUCUUGAUAGAGUAUGAUCUUCUCAAGAGUCACAAAGACAACCUGGAAGUCCUGGACAUUCACCGAAGUGGCCAGGGCAGCUAUCCCACCUGUAUGGUCUGGUACCCACCGCUUACCAAGGAGCUCUUCCUGCUCAUUUGCAACAGUGCCUACAAAGUGAAACUUUUUAAUUCUACCACCAAAAUGUGCAGAAAGACACUCCUUGGGCCAGCUUAUGGUUCUCCUAUCGAGCAGGCACAAGUCCUGCCCGUGAAGACCACCAGGGAACUACAGAAGCGCUACUUGGUGUUCAUUAACAGGGACAAGGUUGGACUUCAGAUCUUACCAAUCGAUGGCAAUCCUCAUAAGACAGCUGCUAUUACUUGUCACCCAAACGGGGUGGCUGGGUUGGCCCUUUCAUACGAUGGCCGCUAUGCCUUCACAGCAGGAGGAUACGAUCACUCGGUCGUACAGUGGAAAAUCAACUUAAGUGCCCUGGAGGCAGCGGUUUCUCUUGGGGGCGAAGACUUGACCCCGUUCUAUGGUCUGGUGCCUGGUGGCAGGGAAGGAAAAUUCUACAGGGAGCUGGAAGACUAUUUCUACUAUUCUCAGCUCCGCAGUCAAGGCAUUGAUACAAUGCAGGAGAGAAAGGUGUCGGAACACAUUUGCCUCUCGGAGGUUCCUUUUGUCAUGAGAGCAAUCGGCUUUUACCCAUCUGAAGAGAAGAUUGAUGAUAUGUUUAACGAAAUCAAAUUUAGUGAGUAUGUGGACACUGGAACGCUAAUUGACAAGAUCAGCUUACCAGAUUUCCUCAAAGUUUACGUCAAUCACAGGCCACCUUUUGGUAACAACAUGAGUGGCAUCUACAAGAGCUUUGACAUUCUUGGUUACACCAAUUCAAAAGGAAAAAAGGCUAUUCGAAGAGAGGAUUUCCUGAAACUCCUCCUAACUAAAGGUGAGCACAUGACAGAAGAGGAGCUGUCCGACUGCUUUGCUUCACUGUUUGGCCUGGCUCCGGAAGGAUGGAAAUCAGAGCCUGCAACCUCCUCCUUCAAAGGUGCAGAAAUUUGUCUCGAAGAAGAACUUCCAGACGAAAUCACUGCAGAAAUAUUCACGACUGAGAUUCUUGGCUUAACCAUUUCAGAAGAUUCGAAACAGUAUGUUCACUGAAGUUGUAAGGAAUGUUUGAAGCACAAAGGACUUUGUGUGUGCAUGUGUGUGUUUUUUCCAAGAGGCCCUGCUUUUUCUACAUCUCCCUACCCCCACUCUUAUCUUUAGAAUAUUUAGACAUUAAAAGAAAAUUUCUGUUAAGCCAUGGAAUUUA